AUAAUCAAAAUACAGGGUUUCCCGUGAAAUUUUGUUAUUCAGAGACUUCCCUUCGUCGUCAGAGCUCAGACUCCAGGCCUCAUACGACUGGGCAACUCGAAGCCAUCGAGAAAGGAGGAAGAGACUAUACGAGGGACUAGGAAGAGAGAGAGAGAAGAGGGAUCAAUUAGGGAAUCUAGUCAUGAAUUCCUUAUUAUCACUCUCGUCUCUGUAAAUUUAACUCCAACCUAAAGUCCAUGGCUGAUCAUAAGGAGUCCUCUCCUCUCAUUGCUCCUUCUCCGAUCACCGAACCAGGCGAGAUCGACCUCGAAGCAGGACCAGGAGAACAAAUUCAAUGCAGAAUCUGUCUAGAAACAGACGCAGGCAGGGAUUUUAUUGCUCCUUGCAAGUGCAAAGGAACUUCAAAGUACGUUCAUCGUGAAUGUUUGGAUCAUUGGCGAGCCGUGAGGGAAGGUUUUGCAUUUGCUCAUUGCACGACCUGCAAGGCCCCUUACCACCUGAGAGUGCAUGCUGUUGCAGAUAGAAAAUGGCGAACCUUGAAGUUUCGCUUCUUUGUGACUAGAGAUAUUUUAUUUAUCUUUGUGGCUGUUCAACUUGUAAUUGCUUCAUUGUCAUAUUUGGUGUAUCUAAUUGAUAGCUGCCAACAAUUUUGGCUUCGCUUGGCUUGGGGGUUUGAAAAUGAACUUAGUUUCUACUAUAUAUGUGGAGCAUUACUAUUUUUUGCCUUACUAGGAUUGUCAGGCUGCUUCAUUACUUGCUAUGAUCGAAGAGUUCGUAAUGAUUUGGCUCAGCCUUGUCGAGAAUUGUGUCUUUGUUGUUGUCAUCCUGGAAUGUGUGCAGACUGCCAUUUACCUGGCACUCUUUGCAUGUGGACUGACUGUACCACAUGUCUUGAAAGUUGUGGAAGUGCAGCAGGUGAAUGUGGUGGUUGCUUAGGAGGUGCUGGCGAAGCAGGGUUGCCAUUAUUAUUUAUUGUGGGUUUAAUUGUGCUGGGACUAUUUACUGUAAUUGGCAUAUUCUACAGUGUUCUAGUGGCUACAAUGGUAGGGCAACGGAUUUGGCAGCGUCAUUAUCACAUACUCGCAAAAAGGAUGCUAACAAAAGAGUACGUUGUGGAGGAUGUUGAUGGUGAGAUGACAGAUUCCAACUGGUCCCCUCCACCCCUCCCACCUGAGCAUGUUCAGCAGUUGAAGACACUUGGUCUUUUGUGAAUCCCGGAUUUUCAUUCUUAACCUAUUACUUGAAAAGCAUGAUUCUAAGAUGAACCGUCUUUUGUGUAAUCUGAUAAUCAGUUUGGUUGUAUUUAUACACAUAAAGAUCAAUAGAUGCUUUGUCUGGUGCUCUUUUAUACCAGGUCUGAUAUCUUAAGCAUAUAUCAAUAAGGAAAAAUGUAACUGUAACUGUUUUCUGUUUUGUAUUUGGUAGCCAGUACUGUAAACAAGUGAUUAUAAAUGAAGCCUUACAAUUGACUCAA